CAAGUACUUGAAACUCAGUAUUAGUACUUUGGUUUCCUCUUCGUCCUCCAGUCCAACAGGGGUCACUGUUGGCUGGGAGCCCGGAGUCUCUGGCUCUCUUUGUCCGCUCAGAGUGAGGAGGAAGGAGGAACAUGUCCGCCGUGCAGCUGCUUCGGGUUUCGGUACACGAGCGGAUCAGCGCUGCCGCUGAAGACUUCCUGCUGCAGGUGGAGAGAGGAGGAGGAAAGGCUCAAGUUCCGGAGCUGAGAGCGAUGCUCACCGAGCGGCUGGCGGCUGCGGGGGAGCAGAUCAUCGCGGGGCUUGAGGAAAUCUUGUUAGAGUACGAGGACCGAGUGGAGCGGACAGAGCGGUCCGAGCGGGAGAUCAGCCGCCAGAGGAGGCUGCUCGAUGCCGUGAUGCAGCCCGUAGUCCGGCUGCACAGAGCAGUGUGUCCUGCAGACAUCCAGCAACUGAUGGUGAUUAAAGAAGAGGUUCCCCCUGAGGAGCAGCAGUGGAGGCCCCUUGUGGACCAGGAGGACCCAGAGCCCCCCCACAUUAAAGAGGAACAGGAAGAACCAGGGACCAAUCAGGAUGGACAGCAGCUUCAAGGACUGGAGGAGGCUGAUAUCAAGUUCACAUUGACUCCUGUCGCUGUGAAGAGUGAAGAAGAGGAAGAGAAACUUAAACCGUCAAAGCUUCAUCCGAGUGAGACGAAGGAGAACAGACAAGACUGUGGAGGACCAGAACCAGCCAGGAACUCAGGUCCUGAUGGACGUUUACAACCAGUGUGUCCUGCAGACAUCCAGCAACUGAUAGUGAUUAAAGAAGAGGUUCCUCCUGAGGAGCAGCAGUGGAGCCCCCUUGUGGACCAGGAGGACCCAGAGCCCCCCCACAUUAAAGAGCAACAGGAGGAACCUUGGACCAAUCAGGAUGGACAGCAGCUUCAAGGACUGGAGGAGGCUGAUAUCAAGUUCACAUUGACUCCUGUCGCUGUGAAGAGUGAAGAAGAUGAAGAAAAACUUAAACCGUCAAAGCUUCAUCCGAGUAAGACGAAGGAGAACAGACCAGACUGUGGAGGACCAGAACCAGCCAGGAACUCAGGUCCUGAUGGACGUUUACAACCAGGUACUGAGGACAAGCCUGAAGACUCUUCUGAGACGGAAGUCAGUGAGGAUGAAUGGAUGGAGACCAGAGAACCUCAGACUGGUUUAAAUACAAGAAAUAACAAACAGCCUCUAAGUGAUAUGGGAUGUAAGACAGAAAAAAAAUCGUUUAGUUGCUCUGUGUGUGGUAACAGAUUUAACAAAAGGGGCAAUAUAAAUAAACAUAUGAGGAUUCAUACAGGAGAGAAACCAUUUAGUUGCCCUGUGUGUGGUACAAGAUUUAACCAAAAAUUGGCUCUAAAUACACACAUGAGGAUUCAUACAGGAGAGAAACCAUUUAGUUGCUCUGUGUGUGGUAAAAGAUUUACAAACAGGGCCAAUCUAAAUAAACACAUGAGGAUUCAUACAGGAGAGAAACCAUUUAGUUGCUCUGUGUGUGGUAAAAGAUUUAUGGACAGGGGAAAUCUAAAUACACAUAUGAGGCUUCAUACAGGGGAGAAACCAUUUAGUUGCUCUGUGUGUGGUACAAGAUUUAACCAAAAAUUGGCUCUAAAUAGACAUAUGAGGAUUCAUACAGGAGAGAAACCGUUUAGUUGUUCUGUUUGUGGUAAAAGAUUUAUUGACAGGGGCAAUCUAAAUACACAUAUGAGGAUUCAUACAGGAGAGAAACCAUUUAGUUGCUCUGUGUGUGGUAAAAGAUUUAUUGACAGGGGCAAUCUAAAUAAACAUAUGAGGAUUCAUACAGGAGAGAAACCGUUUAGUUGCUCUGAGUGUGAUAAAAGAUUUACAGACAAGUGCAAUCUAAAUAAACAUAUGAGGAUUCAUACAGGAAAGACACUGUGUAGUUGAUCUGAGUGGUAAAAGAUUAAAGAUUCAGAUCUAGUGUUCUAGGGGUUGUGAUAAAGGAGAGAAGUGAUUCAGUUGCAAUUUUUGAAACAAAAGAUUUAUAAGGAUUUAUCAGCAGAUACUCAUAUUAUACAUAUUAAUAGUUCACAGUUUAAAUGGACUAUUAAGGUUAAAGUGUGUUCCUUGUAAAGUAUGUAAGAUUAAGAUUAAGAUAUGUUUAUUCAUACCAAACACAUGCACAACACACCCAUGCAAUGGCAGGCAAAUUCAACCUCUGCAUUUAACCCAUCUGGUACAGAACACACAGAGCAGUGAGCGACCAUGUACGGCGCUCGGGGAGCAGAUGUUGGGGGAGUAAGGUGCCUUGCUCAGGGGCACUAGACAGGGUAGGGAGACUCUUGGAUUUUUGGACAGAUCAAUCCAGGUUCGUCUUUUGUUGUCUCUCCGUGGAGUUGAACCUGAGACGAACCAGAGACCUUCUCUGCCCAUAGUCCAAGUUUCUGCCACUAGACCAUCGCCUCUCCCUCAUUGCGUUCUUAACUAGUUCAUAUGAUUAAAUAAUAGAUAAUAAUAAAUAAUUUUUUCUUGGUUCCUGAGAUUCAAUGACAGUGUGUGUUCUCCUUUAUGUAUUGAAUGUGUUUCCAAGAAUAAAAGUCAAAUGAAAAGAUAA